UUUUUAAUGGAUAAUAAGUCAAAUUGUACAUAAAUCACUUGAUUGUGAUUUAGUCAAAGAACUCUCUUUGAAAGUUUUACAUCAAUCGUUUCGUUCUCUACAAAAACUAAGUUUAAAUUUCGCAGUGAGCAGCUAUGUCGGAACCAUCAGAAAAUCCAACGUACAAAUUCUAUUACUUCAAUUUUCGUGGUUUGGGUGAACCAAUUCGUCUCUUAUUGGCCUAUGGUGGAAUCGAAUACGAGGACGUUCGCAUUCCAAAAGAAGAAUGGCCAGAGCACAAGCCAACAAUGCCUUUGCAUCAAAUGCCAGUGCUUGAAAUAGAUGAAAGCCGUGUAUAUCAACAUGUUUCGAUUUUACGAUAUCUUGGAAAGAAAGUUGGCUUAUCUGGCGAAAGUGAUUGGGAAAAUCUACAGAUCGAUAUGGUGGCCGAUAUAAUGAACGAAUUCCGUUUGAAAUUGGUUGGUGUUUAUCAAGAAACCGAUGAAGAAAUUAAGGCCAAAAAAUUGGAGGACAUUAAAAACGAAACGAUUCCGUUGUAUUUGGGAAAAUUAGAUGGGAUGGUCGAAGAAAACAACGGUUAUCUUGUUGCUGGAAAGUUGACCUGGGUUGAUGUCUAUUUGGCUGGAAUUUCUGAUCUAUGGAAACUUUUGGCUGGCUACGAUGUUGCUGCCGAUUAUUCAAACUUACAAAAUGCCAUUGAAAAUGUCAACAGCAUUGAAACCAUCAAAAACUGGAUCGAGAACAGACCAGAAACGGAGUUUUAAGAAUAUAUGUUAUGUUUGUUGAUAAACAUUAUAUUGUUUUAAUGAACACACCAUGCACCUAUGAUUUUUAUGGUUAAAUCUCAUUUUUUGACUAUAUAAUUAUUAUAUACAGGAUUAUAUUAUUAAUGUGAAAUAUCCAACAAACAAAUUUUAUUUAUCAUUAUCGGGUAGUCAUUUAUUUAUAAUAUGGUCUAUUUUCAUAAGUCACUUUUUGAUUUUC